AACGUGACGAACUUACAUCAGAUGGCAUUUCACGGCGUUAUCAGCUGACGUUACGUGGCAUAUUUUUUCGCCUCCAGCACUGAAAAAGAAAAUGUGGACCAUCCCGGUCGUGGCCCUUGUCGCCUUCGCUUAUCCGGGGCAAGUUGCGUCCAGUCUGGACUGCACGUUCGAGAACGAGACACUGUGCGGGUACACCGUGGAGAUUGACCACACCCCUGGACUGUUUGACGUCAUGCAGUGGAGGUGGGGCGAGGCGGUGGAGAAACAGAAGUACUACGACAUCAAACUGCUUGCCUUUGGGCCUGAUGGCGACCACACCACUGGAGCUCCUGAUGGUCACUUCAUGUACGCCGUGCGCCCCAUCAACCCCCACACCAACACCACCCUUCUUUCCCCGCCUUCCUCGGGACGACUUUGUUACGUACAGAUGUUCUACCACAUGGGGUCCAAGAGUCUCAACACCAUGACCUUGUAUGUCAUCAAGUACGGGGAGAGGAUCAAACUGUGGUCAGUGGAUGGCUCGAAGGGCCGGUCGUGGAACAGGAUGCUUGUAGACAUUGAGAAGUACACUGAGUUUGGCGAUUAUCAGAUUGCCAUUGAGGUGAAUGAGCCGGACGACGCUUACUGGACUGUGGGGUACGCCCUGGACGAUAUCAAGGGGAUCGAGUGUAAUCUGCCUGUCGACUGUAACUUCGAGAAGGAUCUAUGUAACUGGGAGGUUCAGUCCAACACCUCCGUGUUUGACCCCAUGAAGUGGUCACGUGGGAAAACCAGGACCAAGACCUGGUUUGGAAUGGUGGACACGAUGAGGAACGGACCACAGAAUGAUCACACAACUGGCACCAGUCACGGAUAUUUCGCCUAUGCCCUGAAGACGCUGGCUGGCAAUACCGCCACUGGACUCGUCAGCCCCAAACAACUUGAACAAAUGUGUCACGUGACCUUCUGGUACUACAUGAACGUCACCACGCUGCGAAGUCUGGAGUUCCACGUCCGGAAAGACGGUAUGGACUUCCAGGUGUGGAACGUGAGCGGUAACCAGGGCAACCAAUGGAACUAUAUGGAACUAGACGUUGAGACUAUAGCCGAGAAGGGGAGUUACGAGCUGGUGUUCUGGGCCAAAGAGCCCGUGGAUAGCUACUGGACGGUAGGAUACGCUAUUGAUGACAUCAAGGGAUACAGAUGCGCAUGUGAAAAUAACCCUUGUAAAAACGGAGGGGAUUGUAUCAACCGUUUUAACAACUACACCUGCGUCUGUCCCAAAUACUUUGAGGGUCAAAGCUGUGAAAUAAACACCAACCCAUGUAGAGAUUAUCCGUGCAAGAAUUUCGCUACCUGUAACCCGGUAGGCGACAACUACACGUGCGAUUGUUACCCAGGCUACACUGGUCACGACUGCGACCUGGACGUGGACGAGUGCGCCAGCUCGCCCUGCGCACAUGGCACGUGCUUAAACCUGUAUAACUCCUAUUAUUGCUGGUGUGAGGCGGGGUAUGAGGGAGACCAGUGCAGUACAGAUAUAGACGAAUGUGAGUCCACACCAUGCCAGAACGGCGCCAACUGCACCGAGGGCGUCAACUCCUACACCUGUGACUGUCCCCCGGGGUUUACUGGCAAGCAGUGCGAGGUCAACAUCGAUGAAUGCGCGUCGUCCCCCUGUCAACAUGGCGGCAUGUGCUAUGAUGAAAUCAACACAUACGUCUGCAUAUGUCCUCCAGACUUUGCCGGGGUAUUAUGUGAAGUCAGAAACUUGAUGGAUUGUGACUUCGAGUCCGAUUUCUGUGGCUACCAAGUCUCCACCACUGACCCAAGCAACGACACCGACGCAUUUGAGUGGGUACGCGGUCCCCUCUCAGUGCCUGGCUUCUUCGGCAGUAGCCGGAUCCUCUUCAUGGGCCCCUCCGUCGACCACACCACUGGCGAGACUGACGGAAACGCGACGUACGCCAAGCGCGGCAACGCUAAAAACGCAACAACGACGUUGUUGUCGCCCCUGAUGGAGGGACGUCUGUGCUACCUGGAAUUCUUCUACCACAUGGGCACCGGCGCCCUCAACACCCUCGACGUCUAUAUGAUCAAGGACGGCAACAGAAACCUCAUCUUCUCUUCAAAUGGAUACCAAGGCUUCGAAUGGCAGAGAGCAAUGCUCGACAUUGAAGAAUACACCGAAACAGGACGAUACCAGCUGUCUUUCGAGGUUAAUGAACCAGAUGACAACGGCUUCCUCUCUGUCGGCUACGCCAUCGACGACAUCAAGGGGUUUAACUGCGAUUUGUCUCUGGACUGUGACUUCGAGAACGACACAUGUAACUACAUCAUCGAGCGAGAAGGCAAUUUCUUUGAUCGCAUGGAGUGGAGACGGGGCCAGGCUGUUCUGGAGACCAUCUUCAGUGACAUAAAACUCCUCAGAAACGGCCCCAGCGGCGAUCACACCACUGGGAAACCAGACGGUCACUUCAUGUACGCUGUGAAGCCCAUCAACUCCGGUACAAACACGACCCUCGUGGCUCCACGGCAGCGUGACCAGCUCUGCUUCAUCCAGUUCUUCUACCACAUGGGGUCUCACUUCCUCAACAACCUGGAGGUGUCCGUCAGGGCCGAGAAUGAGACUUACAUGGUCUUCAACACAUCCGGUUACAAGAGUGAUGGAUGGGACAAGGCCCUCAUCAACAUCGAGGAAGAAACACGAGUGGGCAAAUAUGAGAUUGCCAUCUUCGUGGAUGAACCAGAUGAUAUGUUUUGGUCCGUGGGUUACGCCAUCGAUGACAUCACAGCAUCUCCAUGCCUGUGCGCCAAUAGCCCAUGCAUGAACAACGCCACCUGCACCAACGAAUACUACAGCUACACCUGCACCUGCCCCUAUCUGUACUCAGGGAGGCACUGUGAGACAAGACUCACGCCCUGUGAUUACUCCCCAUGUGCACAUGGCAGCGCUUGUGAUAAUCAACCUGGAGAUAAUUACAGGUGUAAUUGCACUGAGGGCUGGAUGGGAAAUGAUUGCGAGGUAGAGGUUGAUGAGUGCGAGAGCAACCCCUGCAUGAACGGCGCCAAUUGCACCGACUUGUUCAACGGCUAUGAAUGCGUAUGCGAGCCAGGAUGGUACGGUACCCAUUGCGAAAUAAACAUCAACGAAUGCCUCUCCCAGCCCUGCCAGAAUGGAGCAACUUGCAUUGAUGAGGUAAACUUCUACCAGUGCGAGUGCGUUCCUGGCUACUGGGGUGUAUAUUGUCAGUUCGACAUCCAGGAGUGCGAUUCCAAUCCCUGCCUGAAUGGAGCGACGUGUGUGGACGACAUCAACUUCUACUCGUGCAAGUGUCCACCAGGCUACAGCGGCGACCACUGUGAGAUCAACAUCGACGAGUGCGCCAGCAAUCCCUGUCUCAAUGAUGGCAUGUGUUAUGACCGUGUGAACAGAUUCGACUGCUACUGCAAGCCAGGCUACACCGGAUCCUCUUGCGCUCGAAACGUCAACGAGUGUUGGUCGUCUCCCUGCCUGAACGGGGCCUCCUGCGUGGACAUGGUGAAUGACUAUCAGUGCUCGUGUGCUCCAGGAUAUACAGGAACCCACUGUGAGACUGACAUCGAUGAGUGUGCGAGCGCCCCCUGCAGGAACGGCGGAACUUGUCACAACGAGGCCGGGAAGUUUAAAUGUGACUGUCCAAUCACCUGGGCCGGCGAACAAUGCGAAAAAGCUCUUGGAGAUUGCGGCACUGACCCUUGCUAAACUAAGAUCAUUGUACGUCAUUUCACGGUUUAUCUUUAAAUACUAAAUAAUAAACACAUUUUACUGGUU